AUGUUCACCAAGGCCGUCGUCACUCUCGCCCUUGUGGCCGUUACUUUGGCUGCUCCUUCACAGCCUUCCUACGGUUAUGCUCCUCCCGCAACCUACGACGCUCCUGCCAAGUAUGACUUCAACUAUGCAGUGAAGGACGACUACUCCGGCAACGACUUCGGUCACCAGGAGGCCCGUGAUGGCUACGAUACUCAGGGUUCUUACUACGUUCUCCUUCCCGACGGUCGUCUGCAGAAGGUCGCCUACACUGUCAACGGCGACUCUGGCUACGUGGCCGAGGUCAGCUACGAGGGUGAGGCCCAGUACCCCGAGUACAAGCCUGCUCCUGCCUAUAAGCCCGCCCCCGCUUACAACCCUGCUCCUGCCUACAAGCCCGCCCCCGCUUACAACCCUGCUCCUGUCUAUGCUUAA